AUACAUAUUUUUCUGCAUCUGGCUUUUCUUCCUGAAGAGUUCCUCCAGAAAUCCCUCUAGGUCGUCUAGCAAGAGCUCCAAUCCAUCCUUUUUAAUGGCUGCACAAUAUUCCCAGGUGUGAAUACACAUUAUUUACCCAGCCAUUUUCCAGUCGAUAGGUGUUUCUGUGUUUCCAGUUUUUUGCCAUUCCAGACAAUACUGUAAUAAACAUCCUAAUACACAUUAUUUUACGUAUUGGUACUUUUAGUUCUACAGAAUAGAUUCCCAAGAAUGGGAUCCCUGAUUGUAUCUAUUUUUAAUUAACAGAAGUCACCAGACUGCUUUCCUAAAAGCCUCCACAUCUCCACUAGUAAUGCACUAACGUACCCUUUUCUUUGCCUCCCUUCUAGCUUUGGCUGACAGACCUCUUUUGUUUUUGUUAGGGUGAUGGAUCUAAAAUGAGACCUUACUAUUACUUUAAUAGCACUUCCCUGAAUAUAAGUGCUGUGUAUCUUUUCACAAAUUCCUUGGCCAUCUGACUUUGUUCUUAGGUCAUUUACCUACUCGUAUUUCUUGCCCAUUUUUCUAUUGGAUUGUUCGUGUUUUUCUUGUCAGUUUGUAAGAGCUCUUUGUGUAUUAGGGUUGUGGCUGAAGUUGCUAAGGCUUCUCUCCCAACCCAAGAUAGCAGACUAGGAGGCUUCUCUCCCUCUGUACUGUAGGGAUAGUUGAAACAAGCCCAGGGGUUGUUUAGCAGAACUAGGAAGGCUAUGAUGACCUCUGGCCACAGACACCUGGUCACUGUUUAGAUACUUAGUCUGAACAGAAGACUGUAUUGAGCCAGAAUGUAGCUGUGUGCGGAGGACUGAGAAGGUGAGGCAGUUCAGUACUGUGCUGCUUUCUACCGGUUAAGACCUCCGAGAGUGAAGGCCUGCCAAGGCAGAGGAUGUCCCUCUGCCGCCCUUGGAGGGGCAGCGCUGUGCUGGCCAACAUUUAUGGUGCUGCGUGUCCCUGGCUCAGAUGAGGCAGUCCGCUAUGUCCAAAGGAUUAAGACAUCAAAAUCAGUGCUUCUCACUCUUGUUUCCACCUUCGCUGUGACGACAGAUGGCAUUCAUGUAUGUGGCACUCCUCUGGGCAUCCCAGAUUUUGAAGAAACUCAGAAACAUCUUGCAGGGAGGUAAAGCAUGACAGUAAUUGGUCACCCCUGACACUUUUAAGGGCACAUCAGUAAUGCUCACUCUCAGACUUUGGCACAGCACUGCUGAUGGUUCUUUAGAACUCGGGAUUCAUGCUGCAGUGUUUCUACAGGAGAACUGACAUUGGCUGGAAACCCUGAGGCAUGACAGGGACCCCCAAGGCCCACAGAAUAUGGCCUACCAACUAACUUAGAGGCGCGGCGGAGAGAAUGCGGAGUGACGAGCUGGCGACGCCCAUGGAAGACACCCGCGGGCCGGACAACGCGGCGGCGCGGGGUGGCCCGUGUCCCGGCCUGGCCCCAGCGCCUCCCGGCCGCCUAGGGGCGCCGUACUGCGAGGCCUGGGGCUACUUUCAUCUGGCCCCCGCGCGCCCGGGCCACGCCGCGGGCCAGUGGGCCACCUGCCGGCUGUGCGGGGAGCAGGUGAGCCGCGGCCCGGGCUUCCACGCCGGCACCCCGGCGCUGUGGAGGCACCUCAAGAACGCGCAUCGGCGGGAGCUGGAAAAGAGCGCCGCCCGCCGCUCGCCGCCCGCCGCCCGCCGCUCGCCGCCCGCCGCCCCUUGCCCGGCGCCGCCGCCGGGCCCCGCCGCGGCCGCCGAGGGCGACUGGGCGCGCCUGCUGGAGCAGAUGGGCGCGCUGGCCGUGCGCUGCAGCCUGCGUGAGCGCGAGCUGGCGCGACGCGAGGCGGCCGUGGAGCAGGGCGAGCGCGCCCUGGAGCGGAGGCGCCGGACCCUGCAGGAGGAGGAGCGCGCGGCCGCCCAGGCGCGGCGCGAGCUGCAGGCGGAGAGGGAGGCGCUGCAGGCGCGGCUGCGGGAAGUGAGCCGCCGCGAAGGCGCCUUGGCCGCCGCCCCUGUCCCGCUGCAGACCCCGCUCAAAGAAGAGCCCGAGGGGGAGAGGGACGGCUACAUAAUCACCAAGGUCCUGCUGUAGGCUGUGGCCGCCUUCCGCCCCCAGUCCCUCCCAUGCCAGCGCUGCUAAGUGUCCCUGGACCGGCCUUACCUAGGACCUGAAUCUCAGGCCCGCCGACAUCACCGGUGGGCCCUUGAGAAGCACUUCAGAGGCCAAAGCAAAACCAAAAAUCACUAACGCUCCGUGACAACCCCCAACCCCGGGGGCCUGGGAGCACAAGCUCCAGUGGCCUCCUUAGCUCUUGGCCUUUAGUGAGCACCGGUGCAGGAGCUGGUUUUCCUCCAACUGCCUUUGGAAUGACAGCUCCAGCAACUUCAUGAGACUAGGUCACCGGAGCAGUCUUGUAGCCAGUGACUUUGAAAGGACAGAAACUUCCUCGUGUACCAAAGACUAUCCUACUACGUGCCUGUACACCAGCCAGGGCAACCCAGGGUGGAGGGUGCUUGGAAAUUAGGAUAAAGCAUUUUAUUCAAGAAGACUUUUACUCACUUCCCAAUGAAUAAAUCAAUCUUUGGUAAUUGGUUUGCCUAGCAGGAAGUUCUGAAAAUGGGGCCAUUUAGCUUCCACAACAGCUCUUUACCCUGCCCUCUCUAGUGCCUCAUCAGAGCAGUCUGGGAGAACCCCUAUUUACUCCACUCCCUAGCUUGCAGAUAGUACCAAGUGCACCCUGUCCUCACACCAGCUGUUUUCUUUCCGUUUCAGACCUAGUGCCAGCUGUAGUGAGUUUCCCAACUUUCCUGCCUCACACUCCCUUACUAGCAAAACAUGACCUCCUCCCUCGUUGUUAGGAAGAUAACUUGGUUUCCCACAUAUCCACAGUCCUCGCUUCUGGGCCACAGUAGAAGGAAAGCAUUCCUUCAAUCUGAGGCCAUCUCUGCCUCUUUAUCUGUUCUCAUCCAUUUCUCUUCCACCAUUACUGGACCUUUGCUCCAUUAUUAUUUCUUCUUUCCUCUUAUUCCCUCCCUUCCCCAGACUAUGGUUCCUCAGUAACACCCAGUCUACCCUUGUACUAAAAAGAAAGACUCCCCCAGCCUGGCUGCUCCCACUGAACACUAGCCAAGGGAGGCCUGGUUAUUCUUGCUGCCUAUACUUCCUCCCAUACUUCAGUUCUUCACUAGUGGUCAGCUUCCCAUCCUACCCUGGACCCUUAAGAAGCUGAAUAUGACAAUUUAUGUUCAGCCUUCAUCUUGCUAGUACAAUGAACAUCACAUAUACCCUCCACCUAGACUGAGCAAUUGUUAACAUUUUGCCUUAUUUGCUUUUUCGGCCUCUCCCCCAAACACACCUCUCAUUUCAUCCAUUAGUAUUUCAGCAUAUAUAUCCUAAUAGCCUCUAAAGUAGUCCUUAAUCAAAAUUCUGCAAUUGUCUCAGAACUGUCUUAUCUUCUCUUAAAAAAGGGGGAGGGGUCCAAUCAAGGUUCAUUAUUUUUUAUUAUAACUUUGUCUCUUUUAGUCUAGAACAGCUCCUACGACACUUUUGAGAGUUCCAGCCAUCUGUCUUAUAAAAUGUCCUUUAUUCUGGGUUUGUCUGAUUGUUUCCUUAAGUCAAUUUAUGUACUCAUUCUUGACUCAUCUACCCCUGUGCCAGUGACUCCUGACUACCUCCAGCCUCGAGGUUCUUCCCAGUUCUGUCCUUCAUGUCCAAACCCCUGCUGCAUGUCUCCACCUCUAUUUGUAUAUCCUGCCACUGCUGAUCCAAAGGGCAAAUCUAUUCCAUUUCAUGUUCCCACCCCUUACCUAAUAACUAACAUUUACUGGGCUCUUAAAAUGUACAGCUACGUACUGCACACUACAUGCAUUACCUCACUUUAUUCUCAUAGCAGCUCCCUAAGGAGGUAGUAAUGUAAUGCCCAUUUACGGCUACGGAAACUGAGAUACAGAGGCGUUAAGCAGCUUCUACAGGAUCGCAGCUGGUAAGUAGUAGCGUUGAGAUCCAAAUCCAGUCUCCACCUCCAGACACGCUGUUCCUAGCUGCUGUACUGUCUCCCUUGCUAGUCACUGAGCUGACACCAAGUUUCCUCCCUCUCAUUCCAGGUACUACUGUCAGUGACAUUAACAUGCACUGAGCGUUCACCAUCUGCCAGAGCUGUGCCAAAUGCUUUACAAGAAUAACUGCCUACCAUAGAGCAACCCCAUGACAUAUUUAAUACUAUGCCCAUUUCAAAAAGGAAGAGACAGGCUUAGGGAGUUAAGCCAUGUCGAGGCAGAAUGGGAAUUGAACUCAUGUCACUGAAUCCCAGGUCCCUGAUUUACUAAGUCUAUUUCUACAAAUCGUCACACCUGUCUUCCUUCUGAUGCCACCUGCCAAGCUCAGGCCUCCCCUUCCUAACACUCAACUUGACCAAAGGGAACUGUUUU